UUAGUAAGGAAGACUUGAAACUGUCGAAGUCAUGCCUGGGUUUUAGGAAUAGAUCGAAGAAGGGGACAUAACCCAUAUGGAGCUUUCGGAAUUGGUCAGUUCACUGCAAAUACUCUGCUAUAUAUAUUAAGAAUGAUGCAGAUUAUACCAGUAGCGGCCAUGAACACAGAUGAACUUAAUGAGAAUAACGAGAUUCAGAGAGAGGAUUUUGAGUUGGAACAGCGGCAGAAUGAAUGUGAGGACGAUUCAAAGAAAAUCCAACCAUGGACAAAGCAGAUCACGUUACGGGGAUUUAUUGCAAGCUUAGUCAUUGGCUGCAUCUAUAGCAUUAUAGCCACGAAACUAAACCUCACAACAGGAAUUGUACCAAACCUCAAUGUCUCUUCUGCCCUUCUCGCAUUCGUGUUCAUUCGUACAUGGACAAAGUUGCUUUCAAAAGUCGGAAUUGUCUCAGUGCCUUUCACUCGGCAGGAGAAUACUAUGAUUCAAACCUGUGCUGUCGCUUGUUACAGCAUUGCUGUUGGAGGCGGAUUGGGGUCAUAUCUCUUGGGAUUAAACAAGAAGACAUAUGAGCUGGCAGGAGUUGACACUCCAGGAAAUAAUCCAGGGAGCUACAAGGAUCCCGGGAUCGGACUUAGAGGAGUUGUUCCUAUUUCGAUUUGCAGGAAGCAAGUACGCGGGUUUAUGAAGUUCUUCUCAUUCGGCUUCUUGUGGGGUUUUUUUCAAUGGUUUUACACUGGAAAUGGAGAAUGUGGAUUCUCACAGUUCCCUACUUUUGGAUUGCAAGCUUGGAGGCAAACAUUCUACUUUGAUUUUAGCAUGACAUACGUAGGAGUUGGAAUGAUCUGUCCCCACAACGCGAACUUAUCUUUGCUUUUGGGAGGUGUGCUCUCAUGGGGUAUGAUGUGGCCACUUAUUCAUAAGCGUAAAGGAGAUUGGUUUCCUGCACAACUACCCGAAAGCGAUAUGCAGAGUUUGGGUGGGUACAAGGUGUUCAUCUCCAUUGCUCUCCUUUUGGGUGAUGGCCUCUACAUUUUCACCAAGAUAAUGUAUGUCACUUUGGUAACAUUCCACAGCAGAUUGAAACACGAAAACCGCAAAUCAGCUUUGGGGAGUGAGAACAAGGCCCUUGAUGAUCUGACAAAAGAUGAAUUCUUCAUCAGCGAAAUCAUUCCCAUAUGGGUAGGAGCUGUUGGCUAUUUCAUCCUCGCCACUAUUUCUGUAAUUGCUGUUCCCUUCAUAUUCCCUGAGAUUAAGUGGUACUAUGUCAUCGUAGCAUACAUUUUUGCACCAUCUUUGGCCUUUUGCAAUGCUUAUGGAGCUGGUUUGACUGACAUAAAUAAUGCCUAUAUUUAUGGCAAAGUGGGUCUAUUUGUGCUAGCUGCAGUGGCCGGAAAAGAACAUGGCGUGGUGGCGGGGAUGGCGGGGUGUGGCUUGGUCAAGUCUGUUGUUAAUGUUUCUUGCAUUCUGAUGCAAGAUUUUAAAACAGGCCAUCUCACACUCACGUCCCCUCGAGCAAUGCUUCUAAGCCAGGCCAUUGGGACGGCUGUAGGUUGUGUGGUAGCCCCACUCAGCUUCUUUCUAUUCUACAAUGCAUUUGAUGUGGGCAACCCAAAUGGAGAAUUUAAAGCUCCUUAUGCUAUAAUCUACAGAAAUAUGUCAGUUCUUGGUGUUCAAGGCUUCUCAGCUUUGCCACAGCACUGCCUGCAACUUUGUGGCUGUGCGUUUGCGUUUGCAGUUGUAAUUAACCUGGUGAAAGAUUUUUGUCCCAAGAAGAUAGGUAAGUGGAUGCCACUACCAAUUGCCAUGGCAUUGCCCUUUUUCGUGGGCACCUACUUUGCUAUAGACAUGUGUGUUGGUAGUCUGGUUGUGUUUGUGUGGCACAAGCUUAAGAAUAACAAGGCUGACUUGAUGAUUCCACCAGUUGCUUCCGGCUUAAUCUGCGGUGAAGGUCUGUGGAUCCUUCCUGCAUCAGUUCUUGCCUUGGCCAAAGUAACUCCCCCCAUGUGUAUGACAUUCUUGGCUUCUUAGAAGCAGCCAGCUCUGUUUUAUAAAAAUGUUGCUAGUUACUUGAAGCCACUAAAAAUUACUGUUUGAUGGGAAACUGGAGUCCCCAGAAAGAUGAAAUUAAAAUAAUAUCAAGUUGCAUCCAACUUGGAGGAACU